CUCCUCAACUGGGGUCCAGCUCACAGCCUCUGGUCUCCUCCAGACUCACCCAUUCCUGGAGCAUGUCUUCCCAUCAGCAUCAGCAACAGUGUGCACCACAAGCCCAGCAGCAGCAGCAGCAGGUGAAGCAGCCCUGUCAGCCACCUCCUACUAAAUGUCAAGAGGCAUGUGUGCCCAAAACCAAGGAUCCAUGUGCUCCUCAGGCUAAGAAACAAUGCCCGACGAAGAGCACAGCUGACCCGGCUCAGCAGAAGUGUCCUUCUGCCCAGAAAGAUCCUAAGUGUAAACAGAAGUAAAGAUGGACUGGCAAACAGCGCCUGCCCAGCACCCUGGUUACUAGAUGGAGCCUUGUCUUACUCCUCCUCCUGUUUCCACUGGCUCCAAGACUUUCCCUCUUUCUACCUACAUCCAAUGAAGCAGCACUGCAAGACUCCUCAUCAAAUUCCUCAUUACUUGCACCAUUUUUUUCUCCAAGGCUUCUUUUAUAUAAGAGAAUAUAAGAUAUAAGAGAAGUGUGUAUGAGAGAAAAUUCAACCUCUUCAGCCUUUUUAUUGAUCAUAAUUAUGGCCUUAUCCAUUCUCUAUCACACCACAGUGGAGUACCAGGCUUCUUCUAGGGCUUUACCCAGAGCUGAUGCCUCAUUCUGUUUCCCUAGACUGUUCUCUACACCUGUUGCCUAUUUACCCCACUAAUAAACACAUGCUUCAUGUAAUAA